CAAAAAACCCGGAUUUCCUAUUCGGUAGAAAAAUUACUGCUUUGAAUCAAUCACUCCUGUUCUCCCGUCUCCGGCGUCUCUCUCUCCUUCGCCAAAACCUCCGCCGCUUCUCCGCCCAAAGCCUCCACCACCGCUCUCUCACCCUUAUUGUCUCUUUUCUCUCUCCAUCUCUCUCUGUGUCUAGCACACACAGUGUACACAGACGAUGCAGAGGCAGCUGCUGAAGAAGCUCACUCUCCGACCUCCCAAUGGACUCACCCAAUUCAAUCAGCGGAGAGAGAUGCACAGCAGGAACAAGAAGGCGAUGGAGUUGAUAGCAAAAGGCUGGAGCGCCCUCAAGGAAGUCGACCGAGUCAUCGAUUACUGCGAGCUCAACGAUCGCCGCCUCAUCCCUCUUUUACGGGGAGCGAAGGAGAAUUUUGAGUUGGCACUGGAGGCUGACAAUUCGAAUACCCAUGCCAGGUAUUGGUUGUCCAAAUUGCAUUUGAAAUACCAUGUCCCGGGAGCCUGCAAAGCUAUAGGAGCUGCUUUGUUAGUUGAAGCGGCAGAUAUGGGUGAUCCGGAUGCACAGUACGAACUGGGUUGUCGUCUUAGAGUUGAUAAUGAAUAUGUUCAUUCGGAUCAGCAAGCUUUCCAUUAUAUAGAGAAGGCUGUUGACCAGUUGCAUCCAGGUGCUCUUUACCUUCUUGGUUCUGUGUAUCUGACGGGAGACUGCGUGAAAAAAGAUAUUGCCUCUGCAAUGUGGUGUUUCUAUAGGGCAUCAGAUAAGGGACAUCCCGGUGCAGCUAUAGCAUUUGGAUCUCUUCUUCCUAGAGGUGCUGAAAUCCCCGAAUCUGUGACGAAGUUCUCUUCAAAGAGGGGUCCUUUGGCCAGAAAGGAAAGUGUAACAGAUCCCAUAGAGAUGGCAAGAGAACGAUUCCAGAUUGCUGCGAAAGCAGGAUGUGAUCUUGGACUUAAAUGGUUGGAAAGACUUGAGGAGGAAGAGAAACAUCUUUUGACCGGAUCUGAAAUGGCCUGAACGGGGGUAAGUCCUCCACCCGCCGGAGGCCUUACCAUAGGUCUAAAUUAGGUGAAAUUCUUGCAUAAGACGCCCUGUAGGAUCCAUAUGUAGAGGUGUCACAUACUGAUAUAUGUACUCUAAAAUUUGUUAAGCUUCAUAUUUUACAUAAUACAAAAACACGUCCAAUAGUCA